CAAGCCUAAAAUUAGGAGGAUCCGCUCCGCUCCUGUCUUUGACGGCUUGGUCGAACCACCUGCAGUUUCUGGAACGAGGCAGCAUGUUGCGGGCAGCGGUCGUCGCACUCCUCCUGCCAGGCUUGCUAGCAGAAGGUGGCGUGGAGCAGGACUACGAGGUGGGCGGCGUUCCGCCGGAGGAUCCCAACCUCGGUGCCCUGGAGGCGGCCAAGGACGACGCUACACCAAACAGCUUGGUGGAUGAGUGGGACAAGCAUAUGGAGGGCUUCACCCCGGAGUUGCUCCUGACCUUUCCGUUGCCUGGGCGUAGUGACGAGUUCUUCUACGAGGACAUCCCCGAGAAUAGCCCACCUGUGCUCAUCCGUGGCGGAUUCUUUGCGUCGGCCUCGGAGGAGACCUCAACUGUAGAGUUUAGCAUCCAUGAUCCAAAAGGCAAUGUGAUCUUCGAAAAGAAGGACCAGGCGGAAGGUUUGUUCCACUUCAUCGCCAAGCGGAGUGGCACCUACACCUUCAUCGUGAGCUCAGAGAUGACACAACCCGCUCAGGGAUUUGUGUCCCAAAUGAGCUUUCAUUCAGGUUCAUUCAAUUUCUGCAUCCCUUCUCCAUUUGCUAACAAGGCAAAAGAAAUACGUGCAUGGUCCGCAUGGUUGAUUUCGAAUGUGUCAGUAGUCGUGGCUCGCGAGGUUAGCAAUCAUAGAUGGAUGGAGGAGAAGAUGGUGACCUUUGCUGUCGGAAAGGGCAAUGAGACACACUUGCAGCCACAGCAUUUGGAGAGCAUGGAGGACACUGUGAAGUGGAUUGAAAAGACGCUGGUUGACAUCCAGACAGAGUCAACUUACCUUUGGAUCCGGCAGAAGUCCCACAUGAAGGCGGUGGAAAAUAUUCACACCCGUGUGUUGUCCUUCUGCGUAGUGGAGUUCUUGAUCUUGAUUGGUGUCUCUGGAUUUCAAGUCUACUACAUCAAAGGCCUGCUGUCUGAUCGGCGAGUGUUGUGAACCCAAAUCACGGCUGAUACAAUCGAAAA